AAUGAAGUGUGAACUAUCCACUGGCCUUCCCCUCCCCUGGAUCUGUCCGAACCUCAGAAGCUCUCUGAAGAUUCUGCGUUCGCUUUCUCUUCCAAAGGUCUUUUGAUAUUUGUCCUCCCUUUCUAAGUUGUCUACAUGGCCAGUAAUGAUGCAAGGGAGCCCUUGGUUCGACAAUUACCAGACCUAGCAGCUCCAAAAACAAACGGCCAGGUUGGCAGGAGAAGGGUUCUCCGUUCUAGAAGUGCUCCUCUAGCUAAUCUUGAUCUACCUGAGAAAACUGAUAUUGGCUCAAUUCAGCGUUCUGAGUCCAUAUUUGGGAAGUUACAUCCAAGUUUUCUAAAGGUGGCUAUAUAUCUUGUAGGGUAUUUAAGUAUUGGACUUGUGAUCUUCUAUCUUGUCAGGCACCAGAUUGCAGGGAAGAAAACAGUGGGGUUCCUUGAUGCUCUGUACUUCACAAUUGUCACGAUGACCACAGUUGGAUACGGAGACCUUGUGCCAAAUAGUGACCUUACAAAACUACUUGCCUGUGCUUUUGUAUUCACAGGAAUGGCACUAGUUGGUUUAAUCUUAAGCAAAGCAGCGGACUACUUGGUUGAAAAGCAGGAAGUUUUGCUAGUCAAAGCUCUGCAUAGGAAAGAUAAAGUUGGUCCAACUGAUAUCCUAAAGGAGAUUGAGGUCAACAAGACGAUAUAUAAAUUUUUUGUGGUACUUUCCCUGCUCUUAGCGCUCAUUGUUACGGGGACAAUUUUCUUAGUUGCUGUUGAGAAGUUGGAUAUUAUCGAUGCCUUCUAUUGUGUUUGUUCUACAAUAACAACCCUGGGUUAUGGUGAUAAAAGCUUUUCCAGUGAAGGAGGAAGAGUCUUUGCUGUGUUUUGGAUAUUGAUGGGUACUAUUUGUUUAGGUCAGCUUUUCCUUUACAUUGCUGAGCUGAACACUGAAAAAAGACAAAAGGAAAUCUCUAAGAUGGUUCUUACACGGAGGACAACCAAUGCAGACUUGGAGGCAGCAGAUCUUGAUGAUGAUGGAAAUGUUGGGGUUGCUGAGUUCAUUAUCUAUAAGCUCAAAGAGAUGGGGAAGAUAACUCAAGAAGAUAUCUCACUUGUAAUGCAAGAGUUUGAGGAGCUUGAUGUUGAUCAGUCUGGUACUCUUUCACCUUCUGAUAUAGCUCUUGCUCAAUCACCUCGUCCAUCUUAGACACUCAUAAUUAUAGAGUUUCACACGUACAAAAUGAACUUACAUGCUGCUUGUAAGUUAGUUUUCUCACCUUAUUCCUGAUAUUUCUUUGUAAAUAUCUGAGCUGUAACUUACAUUUUCCCGCCCUAAUGCAUACUUUGAUUAUGGCUUCAGGCGAGGUUUUAUUAAUUAUGACCCCUGAUCCUGGAA